UACUCGGCUUGGCCCAAAUCUAAAACCGAAAGAGAAUCGAAUUGAAUCGAAUCUAAUUGAAUCGCCAUGAGAAAUACAAGCUAGUGACCGACCGGUUCAGAAUGUUACCCAAAAACCAUGAUGUGGUGGAAGACAGAGAGAGACAGUCCCCAGAGCAGCCCCAGAUUGGUUUCGAUCUGCGAACUACGAUCUGCGACCUACGACCGACCUCCACGAUGCGCCAUCGCCGCCGCCUCAUCCAUCCGUCUAUUCGAAAUAUUCCAAAACAUAAUACAGAAAACAUAAAGAAAUGAACAAGUCGAUCAGAAUCGAACCCACAACACAAACACCAAACUGAAUGCAAAACCGAAAUCAGAAAGCAUACGAUGACGAUGGACGUUGAUGAGCUGCCCGGGUCAAAAGGCCAGCCCACGUAUUAAAGCCCACUGAUUCAAAAGACGUAGGCUGGCCCCUUGCGUUAGGUAUUUAACUCUCUGCUAAAAACAUUCACAAUUUUAAUUACCAACAAUAUUAUAUAAAGAAUUGUCAAAUUCCUUAUAGCCAUUGUGAGUGUGAGGGUGCGAAUCGAAUCAAUCGAGUGUGGUUAGAUGAGAAGCUUGCGUUCGCUAAUUCUGAGAUGAUAUGAUGGUCUUGGCGACGAUGAGAGAUGAGCAUAUGACGAUGAUCGAUCGAUGACGAUGACACGAUGCUGGUCGCGCAUUCAGUUACCAACUUCGGCUAGUGCCUCCGAACUUAGUCCUUCCCCCAUUCCCGGUUCUUCUGGCUUCCGGCUACUGCUCUGGCUUACGGCUGCGGCUCCGGCAUUACGGCUACCGGAUCCGUCUCCGGCUGAGACUACCGACUAGACAACCAACCCAACCCGUUGGAGAAGCGAGAGAGCAGCGUCCCGAAACGUAUUUCUUAUUUUUGCAGUUCGUUUGUGCGUGAGGUGCCGAAGCCGCUGGUUGUUGUCCGCCUCUGACCGGCAAACUGCUCCAAAUGCUCCACUCUCCGGCUCUCUGGUGUGGUGGUUCUGGCCAGCGAUGUCUGCUCUGAUCUGAUCUGACCUCCUGACUGUACCCGGUGUGUGGCUUCCUCCGAAACUAAACGAAAACAGCUACCGCAACACUUGAAUACCUUUUUGCCAUUUAUAAUAUGAUUCUGUUGUACAUGAAAAACAUAACAAAACAAAAGUACUUGGUACGUGGCCAAGCCUAUCCAAAACGAAAACCAAAUCCAAUGUAACAAAACGUAACGAGCUCCGGCCAUCCAUCCGCUCAUCCGCCUGCCUGGCCACUGGUUCUCUGGCUGCCUGGUUGAGUUAACGAUGUUCGAUCGGACUUUCGAUGAGGUCAUGCGGUGUCCUUGGUGUCAUUGGCCCACAGUUACUAGGCAGACAAUCUAAACUCUCGGUGUAGAAACGAUGUGUGUGUCCUCCUCUCUCUGAAAGCGCAUUAAGAUCUUAAGGAUUACAUGCGCCAGGCUGGCGAGGUCACCUAUGCCGAUGCCCACAAGCAGCGCCGCAAUGAAGGCGUCGUUGAGUUCGCCUCGUUGUCGGACAUGAAGACGGCCAUUGAGAAGUUGGAUGACACCGAGCUGAACGGCAGGCGCAUUCACCUGGUCGAGGAUCGUCGUGGAGGACGCAGCGGUGGUGGUGGCGGCGGCGGCGGACGUGGACGCUCCCGUUCGUCCAGCUCCCGUUCGCGCUCCCGAUCCCGCAGGCGCUCUCGCUCCCGCCGCUCGUCGCACUCGCGCUCCAAGUCUCGCAGCCGCUCCAAGUCCCGUGGCGGACGCUCCAAGUCCAAGUCGCCAGUCAAGUCUCGUUCUCGCUCCCGCUCGCGCUCCAACAAAUCGCGUGACGUGUCCAAGUCCAAGUCGAAGUCCCACUCCCGCACCCGCUCCCGUUCUCCCAAACGUGAGCGUGACUCCCGUUCCCGAUCGCGCUCCGUUUCGAAGCGCGAGUCCCGCUCCCGUUCACGUUCCAAGUCCAUCCGACGCGACUCCCGCUCACGCGAUCGAUCCGCAUCGGCUGACAACAAGUCGCGUUCGCGCUCACGCUCCCGUUCGGCCUCGCCCAAAAAUGGAAACGCCUCACCGGACCGCAAUAACGAGAGCAUGGACGAUUAGAUUAGUUAGCUGUCCCAUUAAUAUUAAAGCACUUGAUUUUAGACUUCUACUAUAACUAUUCUACAAACAUUUACAAACACUCAGACACCCCUACUACAACCAAAACUAAUGAAUAUGAAAUCAUACAAAUCCACCACUGUCGGGCCUCGUCAUUUUUUUAGUAUGUAACCACAAAUUGUUCUAUGCCUUGUUUCGAGUUUGGAGUUUGGAGUUUCCCACUCGUCGGUGGGUCAUGGGCUGGAAGAUGACAGGGAUCGAUCCGUUGGACGGACGGGCCGUGUGUGUGCUGAUUUGGAUUCAAGGAGUGCACAUAGGCCAUGGACUUACUGCGACAUGUACACCGAACACUUAAAAUUGUCUAUACGAUGAGUAAUUUCAAUAAAUACGGAUAAAUUUAAACUAAA